CCCGUUGUAUUGAUCACGUGACAUCACCUGUCAUACAUGUUAUUCUCUUCCUGGUUGCCGCACACUGAGGUCGAGCUCGAUGCGGGAUGGCCGUGUGCGUUGAAUACGGCAUGGGUUGGUUCUGGAUUGGACUGCUUGUGGUCUGUGUCUCUGCGACUCUCACUGAUGCCGAGUGUCACUGUAACACUGAAGCUGCCUGUGCCGUGUUCCCCUCUAAUCCCUGUAGCCAGGUCGGUGAUCCAGACAGAUGUCAGGAAGGAUGGUUCGGUUCCUAUUGCCAGAGACAAAACAUUGCCUUACGGAGACGUUGUAACCAGAGUAGUGUACUGGACGAUCGUUCAGAUCUAUAUCAAGCAGCCCUUGGUGUAGACGGCAAAGCCACCACAAAUGCCAAGAGCGACCCACGGACAUGUGCUCAUACCAAGAUUGAGACAAAUCCCACCUGGACUGUGAACCUGAACACUUCAGUUCCAGAGAAGAUACAACACACCAGACUCUAUCUACGUGACGACCUCCAGGAGAGAAGCAACGGCAUGGAGAUACUUGUGGGCAGCCAGAUGUGCUACAACUGGUCAUCAACUGAACAUCCUCCUCCUAUAGCUAACGUCACCUGCCGUCAGCCACUAACAGGAACCACGGUCACUAUACGGAUACCUGGUCCACUGAAAUUCCUUACUUUGUGUGAAGUGCAGAUAUUUGUUUGCAGUGAUGGUUGGUUUUCUGAAGAUUGUGACAAACAGUGCCGGUGCCUGAACAGUACUGAUGUAUGUGACAAGAUCACUGGUCAUUGUUCUAGUGGAUGUUUCCCAGGAUUCCAUGGUGCCAAAUGCCAAACAGAAUGUCCAGAUGGUACGUUUGGUAAUAACUGUACCUCCACGUGUGGGCACUGCCUCGAUGAUGUCAGCUGUAACAAGACUACAGGAACAUGUCUUGGAGGAUGUGCAGCGGGUUGGGUCAGUGACGACUUGUGUAUGCAAGCAUGUCCAGAUCGUUCCUAUGGUAAUAACUGCUCCUCCCAGUGUGGAAACUGCUUAAACGAAGGCAUCUGUGAAAAGAGGGACGGAACCUGCCCUGGAGGAUGUGCAGCAGGAUGGAUGAAUGGCACAUGCCUACAAACAUGUGUCGACGGUAAACACGGUACAAACUGUGACUUCCAUUGCGGGAACUGCCAGGGAGAUGAUGUGUGUGACAAGGAGACUGGAACUUGUCCUAAUGGCUGUGAAACAUGGUGGAUGGGGGACGCUUGCAAAGACAGUUUCUUGGCGGGUAUAGUCGGCGGGGCAGUUGCUGCUGUUUUCGUCGUCAUUGUUGUAGUGAUUAUCGUCAUUUGUAGGAGAAGAAAAAGACCUAAAAAGGAUGACGUGAGAAUGCAGUCUGCGCUGAGAACAUCUCCUGCAGCUGGAUGUAAAGAUAAGCCAUCAGAGAAUGAAUCCACACCAAGGCUACCUCCUGCAAUGGAUGAAGAUGACGAUGACAUGUUUUCUGUUGAGACUGAAGUUGACGUCAGCGACGAGGCUUCCUCUGCCUACUACAACUGGAUACAACCUCACGUAACGCUGGAUAAACUCCAACAGUCUGUCAACGAGAAGAAGAAAAAGGCUUCCUUCGAAACCGAAUUUCAGAGCAUCCCGUAUGGAGCAAGACAUCCACAUGAGGCUGGUAAGAAAGCAGACAACAGGAAGAAGAACCGUUUUCUUGCCCUGUAUGCAUAUGAUGAUUCGAGGGUUGUGUUGACGGAGGGAGAGGAUUACAUCAAUGCAAAUUAUAUGUUGGGAUACGAUGAUACUCCAAAAUACAUAGCCACACAAGGACCCAAGCCGGGUACAGUCACUGACUUCUGGCGGAUGGUGUGGCAGGAGGACGUCACACAGAUAGUCAUGCUGACGAGGCUGAUGGAGGUGAACAAGACAAAAUGUGAACACUACUGGCCUGAUGUGAACAAGGCUAAAACAUAUGGACACGUCAAGGUGAUGAACACCAAUGUGACAGUAAGGGCUGACUACAAAAUAUCCAAGUUUCUGGUAAAGAAAUCCGGUGUCGAGAGAACUGUCACGCACUACCACUUCACAUCUUGGCCUGACCAUGGUGUUCCUUCUGCUCCUGCCCUCGUCAACUUUUGGAGACUGGUCAAACAUGGAGACAGGGACAGGGGACCCAUGGUGGUACACUGCAGCGCUGGAGUGGGAAGAACAGGGGCAUUCAUUUCCCUGGACUACCUGAUGGACGAAGCUGAGAGCGACAACAGGGUCAACGUGUACAUGUGUGUUGGCAAAAUGAGACAAAACAGGAUGAACAUGGUGCAGAAAGCGAAACAGUACGAGUUUGUACAUGAUGUGGUCCUGGAGGCUCUUAAUAGUCGAGGAACACUCUACACUUCGUCUGAGUUUGACAAAACCUUUGGUGUGGACGGGACGUUUACGACAAAGCAAGAGAACAUACUGAAAAAGCAAUUUAAAUUACUUCAAGUACAGACAUCUGACCUGACAGAGGAGGAAACUUCGCAUGCCUUGCUUCUAGAAAAUGCGGCGAAAAAUAGGAACCGGAACAUCCUCCCUGGAAACAAUUCACGACCCUACUUGUGUACUCAAGUCCAGAGUAGGAAUGACUUCAUCAAUGCUGUGGUUUUGCCAUCUGCACUUCGACCAUCGUCCAUGAUAGUCACCCAGACUCCACUGCCAGAUACUGUGGUGGACUUCUGGAGACUGGUGUACGACCAUGACUGCUUCACAGUUGUCUGUUUGGACGAUUCAAAGGAUACGGAUGAUAUGUACCCUAAAAAGAACAAAGUGUUGAAGAAUGGACCAUUUAAUGUGAAACAAGGGGCAACCACUUCUAACAAGGGCGAGACAUUUUACAACGAGAGAAAGUUAAUACUUGUACAUGACAAGAAGGGUACCGAGCAUUCAGUCACCUUGUUCAGUCUCCGGUCGCUGGACAUGAUGUCCAACAGUGUCUCACUUCUGGAACUAAUCAAUCUGGUGGACAGAAUCAUCAGCUCUGAAGACCAAGCGGUCCUUAUACACUGCCAUGACGGUGCCAGCGUGAGCGGCGUGUUCUGCAGUAUCCUUAACGUCAUCAGCAGACUGAGACUGGACGGAGACGUGGACAUCUUCCUCACCAUCAGGGAACUGCAGCGUGUCAGAUCACAGUUUAUACAGUCCUUCGACCAGUUCAAGCUGUGUUAUCACAUGGUGAAGGAGUACAAACGUUCCACCAACAUCUACACCAAUAUGUGACAUGAAUGAGAUCCUACGGUGUUUUACACAAACAAGGAUACCUUUCUAUUACGCUUUUUGUAUAUUAUUGGGUUUUUAUAGUUUUGCUUACGCUAUAACAUUUCUUAGUUAUUUGGGCAUUCACAACCUUUACUAUUUUCAAAUAUCGUGGAGUCAACGAGAUAUCGAUGCUUUAGGUAUAAAGGAUUCGACCAGGAUCAUUCAGUUCCACUGACAAUGAAAUAUCAAAUAUUACGAUAAGAACUGUUAACGCCUUGACAAUAACUUCAUUGUUGAUGAUUCAUGAAUUCACAUUUGCAAACAGUACUUCCAAGCUAAUACGAUAAGCUGCAAACAAUUUGUUUUACGUGGUAACGAAUAUCCUACAUGGGCGGGACGAGGCCAUAAUGCUAAAAUCCAACAUUAUCAUGAAAGACCAUGCACAUAUUUCAUAUUGAUAUCGACCUGACAGAAGUACACAACGUCUGUUGCAGAAUGAAUACAUUUUUCUUCAAUGCG